CCGCAAAUGUACACAGAGAAGAAGACGGAAGCCGCAGUGACGUACUUCCUGUGUCAUGUCAGCUCUCUGCUGAAGCCGCAUGGCUGCAGGCUGAUGCCGGAUUUCAAUGAGCGUUUUUCCAGUCCGGCGGGUUUAGCGAUGCAGCUGUAAUGAUACAAGGCGUCACAAGAUGGCAGGAACUGCAACAGAGAAAAGUCGUGGCUUGAAGUUCGCUGAGCAGCAGCUUCUGCGUCACGGCUGGGAACACGGUAAAGGGCUCGGGCGGGAAGAGAAUGGCAUAUCUAAAGCUAUCAAAGUGAAAGUGAAAUGCGACAAAGGAGGGGUCGGCCACAAGCAAGGCGAGCAGUUCACCUUCCACUGGUGGGAUCAUGUCUUCAACAAGGCGUCGGCCAGUCUGCAGGUGGAAUCCGACCAGAACGGUGUUAAGGUGAAGAAGACGGUGGAGGAAGAUGACGAGGGCAUGAUCUCCAAUAAGAGGCCAACUAAAGCGGCACUGGCCAAAGCUAAGCUGUAUGGAUGCUUUGUCAAGUCAGCCACGCUUCUGUCAGGUGAGGAGCAGCCGGAGCCCAAGUCCUCCAACUCAGACGACAGCAGCAGCUCGGAUGAUGAUGAUGAUGAUGAUGAGCAGCUGGAUCUGUCCAGCACCACCAAGCUGUCAGAUGAUGAUCUAAUGAAGGCUUGUGGUGGACGCACCGCUCACAAAGGAGCCAGGCACGGCUUGACCAUGAGCGCCAAGUUAGCCCGGCUGGAGCAGCAGGAGGCGGAGUUCAUGGCCAAGUACGGCAAGAAGAGCCAAUCAGCAGCCGCAUCUCCAGUUUGUGUCACACCAACCACCCAAUCAGCUGCCCCGAGCCCCGAGAGGCAGGAGGAGACAGCGCAGGCUUCCCAGAGUAAAAAGACGAAAAGGAAGAAACCUGCUGGAGACGUUUGUGAAAAUGGAGCGGCGUUAAAUGGAGAAGCGCUCUCAGAAAGCUCUGAGGUGGACAUUAGACCCAAAAAGAAGAAAAAGAAAAAGAAGGAAAAUUCAGACGAGGGCAUUGAUCCAGCACCGGUCGGACUUUCCGUUGAGGAAAACUUAAGCUCUGUAGAAACUGGUGGUGCUGAUCGUUGCCAGAUAUCAAAGAAGAAACAUAAAAAGAAGAAAAAGAACGCAGAGGAGGAUGGAGAAGCGAGUCGCUGCACAACGCCGUCUUCGAAUUUGGAGGCAGCUGCAGAUGUUUCCUCAGAGGCCGACACAGACGCUAAAACCAAGAAGAAGAAAAAGAAGAAGAAGAAGAAAUCAGAGCGUCACAGUGAGGACGCCGUGGCGGCAGAAAGUAAUGACCCAGAGCCCGGCCAAUCAGAGCUCGUCCAGGACUGCGCUCCAAAAAAGAAAAAGAGAAAAGGUGCCAUAACUAACGAGGACGCAGAAGUUGUGGAGGAGGAUUCGGCGGUAAAGCAGAGAAGGAAGAAGUGUAAAGCAGACAGGCAGAGGACUGAGGACAGUGUAAACAAAGAGGCAGUUCCUCCAAAGAAGAAAAAGAAGAAGUCCAAAGAAUAGAAUUACAGAAAACACUGUGGAUAGGAAUAGAUUUGACUCGGCCGAUCGGGAAGUACCUUGAAUCAGUGAAGCUUGUGCCACAUUGGCAGGGUCUCUAACUGGACUGGCCUUCGGACGAAUUCUUGACAUUGUUUUCCCGUUUGGCUGCAGAGUAUCUUUAAUGACAACCAUCAGCAGCCAGAUAGAGGGCGAAAAGCAGCAGACCUGUUUCUUAAUCCUUGAACAGCCUCACUAUAUGGUGUCUUGAUAGAUUUUUCUAACAAUAAUUAGUGCCAAGCCGGAGUAUUUGUCACUUUGCCUUUCACAAACUCCAAAGUGACUGACAAAAUAGGACAGUUUGGCAUUUGUUGCAGAUGGAGGCUAUGGUAAUGAUACCUGUUACCUAAUGAUGACGAUGAUGAUGAUAUCUUUUUAAGACUGUCACAUGCAUGAAAUAAGUCACUCAGUAGAUCAUGUGGUUCAGUAACACCAGUCGAUGUUCACGAUGCCACCCACACCCCGUAUUUCUGAACUGGCACCAAACAGCUUGCAGUUCAAAAUGACUUUUCAGCUGUUUUCACUGUAGGAUGAGAAACAGCAUUAAGUCGACUGUGUCUGGAAACGCAUGGUCCUGAUUUUGGAGCGUAACCUGACCACUUUCUAAUCUGUGUAAUGCACAUUUAUUUACAAUGCAACUUAAAAAUGAACAUGAAAUGCUAAGAAUAGAGUGUAGCCUUUGAGAAUAUUAUAACUCGUGCCUCUAUCAUUGCAAUGAAGGUGGCAGGUUGAUAAUUAAUCACUGUGCCACAUUUUUUUUUUUUAUAAGGGCCAAAGACCUAGAAAUACAGAUAAGAUACAUUAACAUGAGGUUAUAAACUCUGCAAACAAAUGACGUAAGAUCCACAAAUUUGUGAUUGCAAUGACCCAUGUUUUCCAGUUGGUGGUAGUUCAAGAAAUAAAUUCUGACAGGCAAAUUUCAUCCAAAACACAACGAGUAACACAAAUCCCACUGGUUUGGUUAUCCACAGGACUGUGAACCGUUGUGUUAAGUCUCAUUGAAAUGAUGUACACUGCACAGCCGAUGAGAAAUAAGCUCAAACUUCAGAGUAGGAGAUGGUGGAAAAAUACACUUUUCAUGGCAACCCACCCAAACCUCUUUGAGAUAUCAAAUUUGACGUUUUCCCAUCAUGCUGGAGACUUGUCCAGCCAGUCUGCAGCAACAACCUUACACAAAGCGAAGGGGAAAUUGACAUUGUCCAUGAUUAUACUCACCAAAUGUCUCAGUAAUCUGUCUAAUAUAUUGUGAUAUAUCAAAUUUGGCAUUUUGGGCUACAGGAAAGGUGAUGGAGAUGCCAAAAUUGGUUUGUUGUGGAAAUCUUAAAAUAAAGAAGACCAUCCGA